AUGAAGCUCGACUCUCCUUUAAUCUAUGCGGCAAGUCUCUAUGUCCUUGCCGGUCAAGGCGUGGAGGGUGCCAUCACACUUGAUAUCACUUCUACAGAUUCAAUCAAGACAGCGGCAAGUAACAUAGCAUAUGAUCUCAUGUCAUAUUACACCGGAAACAACACAGGAGAUGUGCCAGGAAACUUACCAGCACCAUAUUAUUGGUGGGAGGCGGGAGCGAUGUUUGGAACCAUGGUAAACUAUUGGUAUUACACAAACGAUACAACCUACAACGACAGUGUUCAACAAGCACUACUACAUCAAGCUGGAGACGAUGAGGAUUUUAUGCCCUUGAAUCAAACAAAAACAGAAGGGAAUGAUGAUCAAGGCUUCUGGGGAAUGGCAGCGAUGACAGCAGCGGAAACCAAAUUUCAAGAUCCUCCAAGUCCACGUCCUGGAUGGUUAGCACUUGCACAAGGAGUCUUCAAUACUCAAGUCGCGCGAUGGGAUAAUUCAACAUGUAAUGGUGGAUUUCGAUGGCAAAUAUUUACUUUCAACAAUGGUUACAAUUAUAAGAACAGCAUUUCGAAUGGUUGUGUCUUCAAUUUAGCGGCAAGACUUGCAUUAUACACCGGGGAAUCGAGCUAUGCGGAUUGGGCGGAGAAAAUAUUUGAUUGGGUAUACGGGGUAGGACUUAUCUCCCCAGACUACAAGGUAUAUGACGGGACCCAGAAUUCCGACAAUUGUACGGAUAAAGAUCACAACCGUUGGACCUAUAAUAGUGGGAUAUAUCUCCUUGGAAGUGCUGCUAUGUACAAUCAUACAAACGGCAGCGCUAUAUGGAAAGAACGGGUCACUGGCCUUUUAAACUCAUCAACCGAUUUUUUCCAGAAUGGAAUUAUGGUCGAAGCCUGCGAAACCGGUACAUGCAAUAACGAUCAACAAUCUUUUAAGUGUUAUUUUGGGCGAUGGUUAGCUGCGACAGCAAAACUUGCACCUUUUACUGCCGAAAUCAUCAUGCCUUUAUUAACUACCACGGCAACAGCAGCAGUAAAAACCUGUACGGCUGGAAAACGGGGAAAUUCAUGUGGUUUGAAAUGGACCACAGGAGAACAUGAUGGAAUUACAGGUGUAGGAGAACAGAUGUCAGCAUUAGAAGCCGUUCAGGGUCUUUUACUACCCCAGACCAGGGAUUGGGUUAGUCAGGUUCAAGGCACGGGUACCAGUGAGGGUAAUGAAAAUGCAGGGACUGAUUCAAGGAUGAAUACCGAUGGAAGUGAAAUUACACCUGUCACUACGGCCGAUAGAGUCGGGGCUUCGAUUUUCACCAUGGUGAUUGUUGCGGGUGUUAUUGGUGGAAGUGGAUUUUUAUGCAUCGAGUGGUUUUGA